AUGUCUGUCGUCCUUACGAUAACGGCUGUCGCCGCCAUUCUUUAUGUCCUCUGGACACUACUGCUUCGCUGGCAACAUGCUCAGAACGCUCGCCGCUGGAAUUGUGGUUCCAUUCCACAUUACCCUGGAGACUGGCUCGGAACCAAUACUCUCAAGGAAGCCCUUCGCUAUGACAAGGACCGUAACCUGCCUUAUUUGUCGCGUCACCGUAUCGAGAAAAUGUCUGCCAGCCAGAACCGCUACACCACCACUUUCCAGUUCCGCCAGCUGGGACAAGAUAUCAUCUUGACAUGUGAACCCAAGAAUGUCCAGGCCGUCCUUGCUCACCAAUUCAAGGAUUUUGAGCUUGGCACUCCCCGCCGCAACGCUUUUCACUCGCUCUUGGGCAAUGGAAUCUUCACUGCCGAUGGCGAAUAUUGGACCCGCUCCCGCGGACUUCUGCGGCCCCAAUUCACCCGCGACCAGAUCAGUGAUCUGGAUCUGGAGGAGCGGCACGUACAGCAGGCUAUGCGCCUCAUGCCCGUGGAUGCUACUGGCUGGACCGAACCCACCGAUAUUCAGACUGUCUUUUUCCGGUUGACCCUCGACUCGGCUACCGAGUUUCUCUUCGGUGAAAGCGUUGAGAGCCAGGCUGCUGCUCUUCGUAGUGGCAGCAAGACCCAGGAUGACUUUGCUACUCAGUUCGAUCGCGGUCAAUGGUAUGCGGCACAGCGCGCCCGUUUCGAGAAGAUCUACUGGAUCGUCAACAACAAGGAAAGCCGCGAAGUUGAGAACUAUGUUCACGCCUACGUCGAUCGCUUCGUGGAUGCUGCUCUCAACAUGGAUGCCGAGAAGAAGCCUUCUCACUACGUCUUCCUCCAUGCUCUUGCCGAGAUGACCCGGGAUCCCGUCGAACUACGUUCCCAGCUGCUCAACAUCCUCCUCGCCGGACGUGACACCACUGCUUCCCUCCUCAGCUGGUGCGUGCUUCUUCUUGCUCGUCACCCCGAGCAGUAUGCCCGCCUUCGCGCCGCCGUCGUCGAAGAGUUCGGCUCCUACGCUUCCCCCAAGGCAAUCACCUUUGCCGGCCUCAAAGGCUGCAAGCCCCUCCAGAACGUCCUCAACGAAACCCUCCGCCUCUACUCGAUCGUCCCUGGUAACCGUCGCAUUGCCGUCAAGAACACGACCAUCCCAACCGGCGGUGGUCCCAACGGUACGGAUCCGGUGUAUGUCAAGAAGGGCCAGGCCGUUUUCUACAGCACCUUUGUGAUGCACCGCCGGCCCGACCUCUGGGGCGCUGAUGCGGAUGAGUUCCGUCCGGAGCGCUGGGAAUCCCGCAAGCCCGGCUGGGAGUACCUUCCCUUCAACGGUGGCCCCCGCAUCUGCAUUGGCCAGCAGUUCGCCUUGACGGAAGCCGGCUACGUGAUGGUGCGCUUGCUGCAACGGUUCGACAAGAUGGAGGGCGUUGGCAAGACGGCCGAGGGCGAGAUUGCCAUGGCGGUGAGCCUGACCAAUGCUCCCGGGGACAACGUGACGGUCCGGUUGCACGAGGGGAACUAA